AAUAAAAAAAAACUAAAAAAGCAAACUUAAUAAGUCAUAUAUGUAUCUUUUACUAUCAAUUUUUUGAUAAAAAAUUAAUUAAGAAAGAAAUUGAUAGAUAGCUUUGGAUGCAAUAGUUGUACACAAAUAGCUUCUAAAAUAGUUAAUAAAUGAGCACAAGUGUAGAAGAAUAAUAAAAAAGUACCAGCAAAUUUUAAAGAAAGCCAUAUCGGACAGAUUCUUAGAGACACUGUAAAUACUCAAAUCACGAUCACUGUGAUGAAAAUUAAAUGCAUUUGAGCAAAAACAAAAUGCUUUAAAGCAUCAAUAGUGAGGAAGAAUAUUAACCUAAAUAAAUGGAGCUAGAUUAAUUAGAACUUAGAAACAAAACAAGCUCAAAAAAUAUAUCUUAGAUUUAUUAAGUUAUAGAAGAAAAAGAGUUUGAAUGCGGAUGCAAACCUUCUAUCAUUCCAUUUGAAAAAGAAGACAGCUGGUAAAUUUUGUUGAUUGGUAAACUAAAUGAUCCUGAAGUAUUCCCUCUCUUUUCUUAAAUUAUAAAAUAAUUUAAGAAUAAGAAAUGUUCCUUUUAUGUAGAAAAUCACAGCUUAGAAAAAUUCAAAUGUCAAUUAAUUUAAGAUUAAUUAAACGAAUUUAUAGAAACAAUAGUCGAGUUUGAUUCUGCUAAUCAUGAAUUAAAUAUAGAUAUUAUAAUUACAUUAGGUGGUGAUGGUACUAUUUUAUAUACUAUGAGUCACUUUUAAAACAGAACUUCUCCACCUAUUAUAGCAAUAGAAAAAGGGACUUUAGGUUUUAUGUGUAUGUACAACAUUCAAAACAUAGAAAAGGAUUUAGAAAAAAUUUAAUAAAAUGUGAAAGCAAAUAAAAACAUAAUGGUUGAGAGGAAAAUGAGGAUUCACGCUAAAAUUUUAGAUGCAAAUGGUAAUAUAGCAAAGUAGAACGGAGUUGAGAAGAAAUACCACGCUUUAAAUGAAAUAGUUAUUGAUAGAGGUUAAAACGCCUCAUGUUUAAAAAUGGAAAUAUUUUUAAAUAACGAGUCACUAACAAAAACACUUGGAGAUGGAUUGAUAUUUUCCACUCCGACUGGCUCAACUGCUUACUCUUUGAGUGCAGGAGGACCGAUUAUUUAAAAUGAAGUAAGAAGCAUAUCUUUAGUACCUAUAUGCCCAUUUUCACUUUCAUUCAGACCCAUAGUACUACCUGAAUGCAGUGAAUUAAAAGUUAAACUUACUGAUGAUAAUAGAGGCCAAGGAAAAAUUUCUGGAGAUGGAUAAAAAGUUUUUGACUUACUACCUGGAGAAGUAGUCCAGAUAGAAAGUUCUGAUUUAGAUGUCUAUGUUGUUAGAGAAACUUUCAAAGCAAAUAAUGUUCAUGAAUGGAUGGUUAAACUAAAAAAAAUGUUAAAUUGGAAUUCUAACUUUUCUAAAUGAAAACUAUUUUAAAAUUAAUUAUUUUUUUAUGAAGAUAGUCUAUCAAUAAAUAAGCAAAUAAAUGAAUGUAUUAAAAUAAAAGAAGCUAUAUAAAUUUAAAUUAAAUAAAAUAAAUUAAUUAAUUAAUAACUUACAUCUAUCUAUUAAAGAUAUAAAUUUAUAUAUAUACUAUUAUUAAUUUAUUUUGUAUAAAACAAACUGUCAGUUUUACUUCUCUUUAACUA